CCGGAGGAGGCGGAGGCAGAGGAGGAGGAAGCCGGAAGUGCAUCGAACCCGGGUCUGUCCGGGCGUUGCGGGAUUGGGGCCUGGGAACGCUCGGCCCCCGGCCGCCGAGAAGCCUGUGACUGGGCUGAGCGGCGCCAUCCCAGCCCUGUGGCCUGCUGACUGCCCAGUGCCGGCCUCACCUGCAGCGAGCCCGGAGCGUUGCUCUCCUCCACCGGACUGUCAGGCUCUGCGCGCCCCGCGGAGGUCGGUGGCGACCAGCAGCGACUGCGGAGCGACGGCGGGCGGCCCCGGGCAUGUACGCCCCCGGAGGCACAGGGCUGCCCGGCGGGCGCCGGCGGAGGAGUCCGGGAGGCAGCGCUUUGCCCAAGCAGCCGGAGCGUAGCCUGGCCUCGGCCCUGCCUGGCGCCCUGUCCAUCACGGCGCUGUGCACUGCCCUCGCCGAGCCUGCCUGGUUGCACAUCCACGGAGGCACCUGUUCGCGCCAGGAGCUGGGGGUCUCCGACGUGUUGGGCUAUGUGCACCCGGAUCUGCUGAAAGAUUUCUGCAUGAAUCCCCAGACAGUGCUGCUCCUGCGGGUCAUCGCCGCCUUCUGUUUUCUGGGCAUCCUGUGUAGUCUCUCCGCCUUCCUUCUGGAUGUCUUUGGACCCAAGCAUCCCGCCCUGAAGAUCACCCGUCGCUAUGCCUUCGCCCAUAUCCUCACGGUCCUGCAGUGUGCCACCGUCAUUGGCUUUUCUUACUGGGCUUCUGAACUCAUCCUGGCCCAGCAGCAGCAGCAUAAGAAGUACCAUGGAUCCCAGGUCUAUGUCACCUUCGCCGUUAGCUUCUACCUGGUGGCAGGAGCUGGUGGAGCCUCAAUCCUGGCCACGGCAGCCAACCUCCUGCGCCACUACCCCACAGAGGAAGAGGAGCAGGCUCUGGAGCUGCUCUCCGAGAUGGAGGAGAACGAGCCCUACCCGGCGGAAUAUGAGGUCAUCAACCAGUUCCAGCCACCCCCUGCCUACACACCCUAAUGCCAGCCUUGGGCUCUCUUCCUCGGCAGGCCCUCCCCCAACUCUGCAGCUCCUCUCGCACCCAGAGGAGCUCCUUUCCCCAGCAGGCCUCACUGGUAGGAUCCUGACCAUCUUCUCCAAACCUUCCCCAGGAGAGACUCUGCCUUUAGGGUCAUCCAAGUAUCCCUGCUCUUAGAA